AGUGGGGGGUUCAUGGUCAGCCCCCUCCUCCUCCACCCCCUGACCAGGCCUGGAUCCCUCCAGGUUCAGCACCAAUGGAUGUGGUGACCCCCAAUGAGGACAGCAACAGCCAGGACAGCGUGGAGUUCAACUCUGAAGCCCACCAUGGGGUUUACCCCCAGAACAGCCAUGGGUAUGGGGCACAGCCCGACAGCUACGCCAUGGCCCCCAUGGCCAUGAACCAGUUUGAUUAUCAGGUAUGCAGAUGCGACGGUAGGAUGUGUUGACGCUUUUUUGGGUUUAGUGUGACAACCGAGUAUCAGAAGAAGAAGCAGUCUACAGAAACUGUGCCGGAUUCCAGCAACUAGGUGUAUCAGUUUGCACAGCAAGGUUUUUGCUUACUAAGAACUCUUUAU